AUGGCAAAGCAGAUCAUGGUUAGAACCAGAGGAUUAGGUCGUGCCUUAGGUCAGGUUACUGGCAGAGGUGUGAGCAGAGGAGAUCGUGAUGAUUCCGAUAAUGCUCCAUAUCGUCGACGGCCUACUGCACCCGCACGGAGGCAGCGAGUCACUGUGACUGCAACACACAAUGAGUCAGUUAUCCCUACGCCAGAUGUUCAGGAUGACCCGAUGGAGGCACCAGCUAUUGUAGAGGACAUUGUGCUAGACAUUCCUGCGGACACAGGUGUAGAGGCUGUUGAGGAUGAGCAUGAGGGAUUUCCGGGUGGUCCGAGCGACCCAUCCGUGUUGACCCUGUAUGCGGAUCACGUUGCUUGCAGCGUAUGGACGAGAGAGAAGCGUCUUGAAUUGAAGCUAUCCUCUCAUGGGAGGAAGGUCCACAGUUUAGGCAGGCCUGUCCCUGCCAUUGAGGGACUUGUUGCUGGUACAAGACUAAGUCCUCUGAUCGCGUGUUCGGUAGACACCGGCGAUCGGGGACUUUUCUCCGCGUUUGUGGAGCAGUGGCACCGGGAGACGUCUAGUUUCCAUCUCCUAGUGGGAGAGCUCACCAUCACGUUGGACGAUGUCUCCUCGCUUCUCCAUCUUCCCGUGAUUGGCGACUUACAUGCCUUUGAGCCCUUGCACGUGGACGAUGCGGUUCAGAUGCUGGUGGACUUGUUGAUGGUCUCUCCAGAGUCUGCUAGGGCUGAGACAACCCAGUGUCGCGGACCGUACGUACGCCUGCAAUGGGUACAUGAUAUAUAUGAGCGCCGAUGUCAGGUAGGUCAUUGGACAGCUGCGGCUCACACAUAUCUUCUUCACCUUCUGGGUUGCACUUUGUUUGCUAACAAGAGUGCAACCAAUGUCCAUGUUGUCUACUUGGAGGCCCUUUGUGACCUCAGUAUGACAGAGAGGUACGCUUGGGGAGUGGCUGCUUUGGUGCAUAUGUACGAUCAGCUGAACAAUGUAUCUAUGAGCCACAACCGACAGCUUGGCGGUUACAUCACACUGCUGCAGUGCUGGAUUUACGAGCAUUUUCCGUCGGUCGCGGACUCCACUGCUGAGCAGGAGUACGACGAGGAUUCUCCGCGUGCGUGUAGGUGGAUUGCGACCAAGAAGACCGUGAAGAGCAUUCGUACACCGGCGUACAGGGAGUGCCUGGACCGACUCCGGAUUUCGGAUGUCUGUUGGAUCCCUUAUGGGGAGCACCGAGAGGUCCAAGACUUCCACGCCAGAUCAUGCUAUUCCGACCAUUCCUGCUCCUCUUGUCGAUUCAUGGGUCUCGUAUGA